AGCCCUGAGAGGCCACCAAGGACUAUGCGCAAAGGUGGUGCACACUCGGGCUCCCCGCAGAGGCUCAGAUGCCAAAGGCGCAGCGGGGGAUCUGGAAGCAACAGAAAUGGUGUCAUGUCCUCCACCUCAGAGCGGCGUAAUGAAAGGGAGAGGAACAGGGUAAAGCUGGUCAACAUGGGCUUUGCCAAACUCAGGCAGCAUGUGCCCCAGGCUCAAGGACCUAACAAGAAGAUGAGCAAGGUGGAAACCCUGCGCUCUGCUGUGGAGUACAUAAGGGCGCUCCAGUCUCUGCUGCUGGACAGGCAGAAUGGAGAGGAUGGCCAGGGGUCAGGACCAAACUCUGAUGGGUUGUCUCCAUGUACCAGCAGCUGCUCAGUGGACUCAGGCUCCAUGCCUCUGUCUCCAGGGUCUUGUUCCCCUUGUCCCUCUGAAGAGUGUUCCAGGGAGGACAGCAGUGUGUCAGAUGCUAACUUCUUCCUGACACUGCAUGGCUGGGGAUAG